ACUGAAAUAUAAACCAUAAUUAAAUUUGAGCCAUUUCAUUCGGUUUAUAUAUUAGAGUAAAGUCCCCUGUUAUGUAUUCUUCUAACUGAAAUAUAAACCAUAUAACGAUAUUUGAGUGAUGUUCAUAAACCAUCAAUCAGUAUGAAUUAGAGCAAAUGUUUAUUACAGCGAAUCCUUCGACAAAAUAUAACUAUUUACUUUACCAAACGAAUCAACAUUUAAAAGGAAAGAUUUAAACCAUAGAUAGGGCAGAUCAUGGGACUUUUAUAAGAGAAAAUCUUUUUAAACUAUAUAUGCCACCUUCGAGGUAAGGAUUUGGGAUGUGUAUAGGAAUACCCUCCAAGAUGUUGGACUAAAAGUUGAAUUAGUGUGGAAAAGUCUCCCUGAGAAUUACUCUGCUAGGCAAUGAACAUAAUACAAAAGUCGCUUCGAUGCUCUAGUUAUUAAAACAAUGACAAAUUACAAGUCUAGUCUUUAAACUUAUUACCAUGAAUCCUUCAAUGAAAUACAACUAUUUACACUUAUAACCGAAUCAACAUUUAAGAUAGGCGAGAUCAUGGGACUUUUUUUGUACAGAAACUUUUUAAACUAGAUAUGCCACCUUCAAGGUAAAGAUUUGGAAUGUUUAGAAAUAUCUUCCAAGGUGCUGGAUUUAAAGUUAUCAGUAUUAGCGUGGCGUGGACUAAAUCUUCCCAGGAAUUUCUGUGUUAAGCAAUGAACAUAAUACAAAAAGCGCCCCAAUGCUCUAGUUAUUGAAAAAAACCAUAUAUGCAGCUCAGUGUUAGGCUUUGAAUUCCAACCAUAAGUUCAAACUGACCAAAAGAGCAAGAGAUGGAAAUGGAAGUAAUCUGGAUCUCCCCGCCCCGAAUUAAAUAAUCAUAAAAAUCAAGUAUUACCCUCCAACUUUUCCAACCCAUUUGUAUAUAAAAAUAUCUGUAAUGACAGGCCAUAACCUUCAUUCUGACUUGAAAAUCUUUCACCAUUUGCAGAUCGGAAGAAGUUCUAAAGCACAACAAUGGCUAGAACACUGGCCCUGCUGGUAGUAGCCAUAGUGGCAUCCUGUGCCUUAGUACAGACCACAACCGCAGGGACCACCCAUGUGGUCGGAGACAGCUUGGGCUGGGUGGUUCCCCUUGGAGGCCCCAUUGUCUAUGCCACUUGGUCUGUUUCCAACACCUUCUUAGUUGGUGAUAUCUUAUUGUUCAAUUUCACAACUGGACAAGAAGAUGUAGCUAGAGUGACAAAGGAAGCAUUUCUAACCUGCAAUUCAACCAAUCCAAUCACCCUCAAAGCCACUGGUCCAGCCAAUUUUACGUUGGAUUCACUGGGGCAGUACUAUUUCAUUGGCACUUUGGACAAGCACUGCAUCUUGGGACAGAGGUUGGCCAUCAAUGUCACUGCAUAUUCUGGACCGACUCCCAGCCCGACCCCGACCCCGACCCCGGCUCCGAGAGGGCCGAGAAACUACACCGUCGGCGACAAACUCGGAUGGCUAAUCCCUCCAGCAGGUCCUCUUGAUCUCUUCUAUGCAUCAUGGGCUUAUAACAAGACUUUCUUAGUUGGUGACACCUUAGUUUUCAACUUCUUAAAUGGAUCCGACGACGUUGCUGUGGUGACAAAACAAGUAUUUAAUUCCUGCAACAUCACUUCAACUCUAGCAGUUUUCAACUCAACUCCAGCGAACAUCGCCCUGAAUGCCACCGGCGAACAUUACUACACCUCCACCUACGAUAAACACUGCAUAUUAGGGCAGAAAUUCGCGAUCAAUGUGACCGGACACGCCACUUCCGGCUCCGUCCCUUCUCCUCCGCCCACUGCACACCCACCCUCCAUAACAAUCUCUCCUUCUCCGGCCACUGCACACCCACCCUCCAUUGCGGUCUCUCCUUCUUCCCCGGCUGGUGGAGCUCAACCUCCUUCACAGAACACCUCCGCCGCACCGAUGACCGGCGGCGGGCGCCUCUAUUUCGGUGCUUUCGUGGUCUCCGUCACGGCUUCUGCACUCUACUUCUGAGGGUGUACUAGCACGAAAAACACGAAUCUAUUCAAAAUGUCAGAUUUAAACGUACAGCAGCUAAUAAUUUUAUGCGAGUUAAAUGGAAAUUUUCAUAACCAAAAAAAAAAAGCAAAAACUUUUCUGUGAUAAUCUCUCUCCAAAGAGCUGUUUGGGGCUGAGAUGUUAUAGAAUAUCUGGAAGUUUUAAUGUCUGAGAUACAGAAUUUAUGGUCUAAAUUCAUAUGUAUGUG